UAUUGGCAGUCAUAUUUCUCUCAACAAUUUCAUCAUUUGCAACUUCGUCAAAUGAUGAGCUACCUAAGCCCAGCUACACACGCACGAUGCUUAAGGUAUCUCGAAGCUUACCUGGAGAAACGGAAGAAUUGAAAGUUCGAACAAGUGAGGGAAAUAUUGCCACUCUCAUAGUUAAGCGUCGUGAGAAAUCCGUCGUCGAUAUUAGUAAUGAUAAUACUCGCAAUGGAUCCUUUUCGGAAUCAGCAACGCCAACCACCAAAGCUCAAUCUACACCUCCGACUAUCGGAUAUAGAAAUGUAGAUGUUGAUCCGUGGAACCGUUUACAAAUUUGGACUAGUAUAUCGGAUGCUAAAGAAGAGCCUAAAAAAAAUUGGUUACCUGUAAAUCGCAGCUUUGAUAAUUGGAAGCCAAUGGAAAAACCCUUUGAACCUGCAGCUACCCAAAAAAGUUCCUGGCUUGUUUCUGAUCAACUGGAAAACUCUCGAGGGUUCCAAAGUGUUGCUGCGGAUAAUGGCUCUGAUGAAAGAAUUAUACGUUAUACAUUUUUACCUCACGAGUCUCGUCGCAUCCAACGCACAAACGUAGGCGCCAAUCUACUGAAGAACCGUGAUGCAAAGAACGUCCCUUCAGAAGUUGUAGUGCGUUCAGAGAUUAGUGUAAAACCUCAACCAAGUCAACAAUCGUCAGAACCUAAGCGAUCGUCUAUAUCGCUAGAUGUUGAUGGUACACCAAUUGUGCAUGGUAGAAGAGUGCCAGAUGAACCAAUUGAUAAGAUUCAAAUUUGGAGGAAUGCCAGAGUCAUAAAUAAUAAAUUAGUUACCAAUGUUGAUUCUUCAACAACAGAAAGAGGAUUAUUAAAAUCUGGACAAGGUUUCGAGAGAUUUUUCGAAGAUGUAAAUCGCAGGUACGGAAAAACUCCAGAGAAUAAUCUGAACAAACCAAAGACAUAUCGAAACGAGGUCCUAGCUGCGGAAAUUUAUGAAACCGCAGAGGAUACGUAUCGACCUAGUAUACAUAAGCGGAUGCUGCAACCUGAAGUAGCUGCAAUUUAUCCUAACUCGCGAAUAUAUUCACCACCUGAUUCCCGCAAGUCACCAAUUUCUAAUAUUAAGCCUGGAAGCCGAGCACCAGUAUUGCAGUAUGCACAUCCUGAAUUAGGCGUACAGCCCGCUAAGAUAGUGCAAAAUGAAAAGAAAAAGAUAGACGAUGUGACUACAGCUCCAAUAAAUCAGCAGUACAAUAAUCAAUUAAUACAGAAUCAGAAUCAGAAUUCUCAGAAUUAUUAUUAUGGUGAACAUAGACAAAAGAAGAAAUAUGUAUUGAAUGAUAAAAGCAUUGUAGAUUCUUACACAGUUAAAAAUUACUAUCCAAAUCAACAUUUUUACGGGCUAAAGAGACCAAUGAGUGAAGCACCAUUUUGGGUAAAAAUAUCCGAGAAUUUGAAGACUCAUUUUACCGAUGGUGUUGCUAAGGUAUCCGAGUUAACAAAACCGGUGAUCGAUCCUCUUGUCGAAGCAACUCGUAAAAUAUCGGAAAAUCUUGGAUUAUCAAAAGUACGCUCACAAGAUUAUGCUCAGGACAAGAUUGGUACUGUGACCGCAGGAUCUUCGGUUCUCAUACCGGCACUUGGACUUAUGGCCUCUGGUGCAGCUUUGGGCAUUGGAGCUGUUGCAGUUGGUCGCUACCUCGAUGUUGAUAUGUUAAAACGGUCGAACGAUGAAACAAUACUAAAUACAUCGGAUGAUCAAGAGAGGACAUUGCAUAUCAUUUCACAGUUAGACGAUAACAAGGCGCCGCAGACUUAUGGGAAUUCGGAGACUGAAGCGAACGUCGAUGGAGUGUACAUUCUUGUUCAGAAUAAUGGAAUACAUGAAACAGAUACGAGGAGAAAGAGAAAUAGUGACAAUAUACCUGUUAAUUUUAGGGAAAUUCAACGGAAAGGUGCUGACUCGAUUACCGAAAUCGUAGAAGUGGAUUUACCUUCCAAAUUACUUGAUGAUAGAAUAAAUAGUGAGAAUAAUAAAAUACAUAUAGAAAAUGAAGAUGCUUUUGCUGAAGCGGUGAUUCAUCAAGCUUUAAAUGCUAUUGUAAGGCAAUCAGAAGCAAUAAAAGAUGAUUCUAAUGGAAUUCAGAUGAGAAACAGAAUAAGAUCAAGACUGAGACGUAGUUUGAACAGUGUUAAUAAUGAUGAUGAACUUAAUGAUGCUCUUCAAAAUUUAGAGAAGACCGAAAUAAUAGAUGCAAAUAGUGGACAUAUACCUGGUGAUUGGACGCGUACAUUAUGCGCUAAAAGAAUUUUUUGUGACGCCAUGGUCAGGCGUGGUUCUGAUGCUUAUAUGUUUAUGGAAAAAAAAAUGUCUGGAGUUUUGAAGAUGAUUCAACCUGACGCUGCGAUACAAGUGUCCACCCACUUUGAUCAAGUCAUGAAUGCCGUGAGAAGGCACGACUGUUCAAUUUUCUCAUGUUCGGAUACCAGACCGGCAACCGUCUUUUUUUGAAAUCGAUCGAAGAAUGCUUCGCAUUACUAAAUUGCGAUGACUUAUUAGCGAUCAAUUUGGUAAAAAAACUUACGUCUUUAACUUUUACCUGCAAGAACUAAGACUGUCGGAAUGAAAAUGCGAUUUGUUUAUUGGUGCUGUACAUACAACCUGUUAUUGCGCGAAUGUUGAACUAGAUUAUUAAAAGUUUAUUAUUAAAUUUUAUUUCAUUAAAAUCAAUUUAAAUAGGCAAAGCA